UUCGCUCGGUUUCUCCACCGGUACCCGCCAGUUGCACGCUCUCGCUUCAGCGGUCGUCGUCUGUCGUCCGGCGCCGCUGUCCUCGCCCCGAUACCCGCAUGUGGACUCUGCGAUGACCGCUGUCACAUGGAGCGAAGACGCACCUUGAACCGCAAACAUCUAAAAAAUCUCUGUAGUUUGUCUCCGUGCGGGGUCCAAGUGAGCGGGAGCAGGGGGGUGGGGUGGGGGGGUAGUUUGAAGACACCGUCCGACUGAGGGGAGCGGGGAGCAGCUACAGCAAAAUGGCAACUCCGUACGCGACAGAUGAAUCCGGGAAAUAUAUUGCUGCCACUCAGAGACCUGAUGGAACAUGGAGGAAGCCGAGGCGGGUGAAGGAUGGUUACGUCCCCCAGGAGGAAGUACCAGUUUAUGAAAACAAGUAUGUGAAGUUUUUCAAGAGCAAACCCGACCUGCCGCCUGGUAUGAGCUCGUCUGAGGCGGAGCCGACGAAGCAGCAGCAGCAGAAGAUCCCAGGUUGCGUUGACAGCGAGGGAGCCAAUCUCUCCAAGUCGGCCAAACGCAACAUGAAGCGCAAGGAAAAACGAAAACAGCAGCAGCACCAGGACCAGGACGGAGACGUGGAUGUGGAGUCGGUGAGCGAUGCUGUGGAGAAUUUGUCCAUUUCAGACGGUGGCGAGUCUUCAAACAAGGCGGCAGCGCCGGCUUCUGUCUCACCUGCCGACGAUUCUUCAGCAGCUGCGGCUGAAAAGAUCAAGAAGAUCAAAAACCUGAAAAAGAAGCUGCGUCAGGUUGAGGAUUUGCAACAGAAAGUGGACUCAGGGGAAAUAGAACAACCAACAAAGGAUCAGUUGGAAAAGCUGGGUCGGCUGAAGGCUUUACGUGAGGAGCUACGGCAACUCGAGCGUGAUUCUUGAAGCAAUAAAGGACAGAAGAGUCAGACAGACUGGACAUACAGAGUACACACUGACACACGGGGACGGGAUCUCUGCAGCUUUGUGAUGAUAGUUUCCAUGUAACAUAUUCUACCUGUUUGAUAUUCAUCAUGAACUUUGAAAGAACAGUUUCAGCUCCUUGCAGAGAGAGACACCCUCAGAACUGAUGAGCCUGUUUUCUAGAUUCAAAUCUCAACAACAUCCUGACUCCUGCUCAUAUACUUGUAUUGUUACAAGUGCAGUAUUGUAUAACCGAUCAGCUAUAAACAUCUUUUCAAGACCUCAUUGUAAAUUGUUUUGUGCAUGUCUGUCUUUUACAUUUUGUACCUUUCAUAGCAUCAGGUAUCGUGUAAACCGAAAAACAUAAAUAGAAUCAUUUUUGUCCAAAAGGAUAUAGUUUGUUCACCUUUCUGCUUUAAUAUUCUUGUCGAUGAUCGUAUGGCCUCUUGUUGUGCCACUAAUGUAGAGUCUAUACAGUCAUUACAUUAAUUAAAGUUACAUGCUGCA